GUCUCGCAUUAAUGAUCGCGAUGAAAGCGGUAUCAAGCCGAGGCGAACUCUAAAUACUAAACAAGACGAAGAAUCAGAUAUAAAGGGACAUAAGUAAUGAGGAAAGCUGGAUUAUACUCAAGAAUAUCAUCAUCAUCCAGUGGUAGGAGCGGGAGUCAGCAGCAUUCAUUGCCGUUGGCCAGGAUCAAGAAGAUCAUGAAGAAAUCCGGCGACGGCGUGAAGAUGAUCUCGGGCGAGGCGCCGAUCGUGUUCUCGAGGGCUAUCGAGCUGUUCAUCGAGGAAUUGACCAGGAAGUCGUGGGUGUUGGCCGCAGAAGGUAAGAGGAGGACGCUCCAGAGGGACGACGUCGUGUCGGCGAUCCACGGCACCGAUGUGUUUGAUUUCCUGGUGGACUUGGUUUGUGUUUCUGAUCAACAGAACAAACGAAGGGAGAGUCCAGUCGAAUCCGAGACCGAGACGGUGGGAUCAAAGAGGCCCAAAGUUGGACCAUGAUUCAAUUCAACUGUACAUAGCAAUGGACAGCUUUUACCAGUCAAAACAUUUUUUUUUGUAUGCUUGUUGGAGUUUAUAUCAAUGUAGGCAUCUUGUAUAUACUAUUUG